AUGGAUUUCCAAAACCGCGCCGGCUCAAAAUUCGGCGGCGGCGGCGUCGCCUCCCAAUCCGCCACAAACGCCGACCGUCGCGAACGUCUUCGCAAACUCGCCCUCGAGACGAUCGAUCUCGACAAGGACCCCUACUUCUUCAAGAACCACGUCGGCUCUUUCGAGUGUCGCCUGUGCUUGACUGUUCACCAGAACGACGGUUCCUACCUUGCUCAUACUCAGGGCAAGAAGCAUCAGACCAACCUCGCCCGUCGCGCUGCUCGCGAGCAGAAGGAAGGCCGUCAGGGCGCCGUUGACCCAGCUACUGGUCUCCCUAUCGGUGUCACAGGUGCUGGUUUUGCGCAGCGACGCAAUGUUGUCAAGAUCGGUCGUCCGGGAUACAAGAUCACAAAGAUUCGCGACCCCAUGUCUCGCCAGCAGGGUCUGCUCUUCCAGCUUCAAUACCCCGACGCAACCCCCGAAACAUCGCCCAAGUGGCAAGUCAUGAACGCAUUCACGCAGCAUAUCGAGGAGCCCGACAAGAACUUCCAGUACCUGCUUGUCGCAGCCGAACCCUACGAGACUGUCGGUUUCAAGAUCCCCGCGCGUGAGCUCGACAAGCGCGAGGACAAGCAGUUCGCUUUCUGGGAUCCUGAUGCCAAAGAGUACUGGAUCCAGGUUAUGUUCAUGACGGAGCGAGAGGAGCGGUUCAACAUGGCUCCUGGUUUGACAGGACGGAGAUGA